AUGCUGACGACAACUAUUGAUUCUCCACAACAUAAAAGAGUUUUUCGAAUGAAAGAUAACUGGGAAGAUGAUUCCUUGUUAUCUACUAUUUAUCGAAUGUAUAAAGCGAAUGAAAAUCUUAUAAAAUUAAAAAGAAUCAAACAAAUCCAUUUGGAAUUAAUAAAAUGUGCCGGUAUUAUAAAUGAGGCUUAUGGAUUACAAAUUCUUCUAUCAAUGUCUUCAUCCUUUGUAAUUAUCAUUAUAGUGUUAUACAAUCUAUAUGCUAUACUAAUUACAAACAAAUAUGAUAAUUGGAUUAAAGACUUUAAUGCACAUUUCUACUGGAUUUCUCAUUUUAUCAUGAAAGUUUUUAUAAUAAACAAUAUAUGCAAGACAACGAUGACAGAAUUACAAAAUAUACAAUCUUCUGGAACUUUACAAGAUGUUAAUAAGAAGUACAUAUUGAAUUCUCUUAUUUUAUUACAUGCCGCGAACACUGGAGACAUUCUUUACGAAUUGUAUGAACCUUCAACCAGCCAGAAGUUUCGCAACGAAAUUCGUGAUUUUAUGUUUCAAUUAAUCCAGAAUCAAUUGAAGUUGACUGCCUGCAGAUUCUACGAUCUAGAUCAUACGUUUAUAUACAGUAUGAUCGGUUCGAUUGCUACCUAUCUUAUUAUUCUUAUUCAAGUUGGAGACAUACCGAAAGUAUUGUCCAACAAUACGAAUUAUAAUUCAACGCCAACGACAUAG